CGGGUACCCGACCCAUUUCCAUGCUGACUUCUUCUAGCAUUUUCUUUCAUCCGAUUCUGAAAUUUAAGAUCUUUUUCAAUCUGGCCUCUUUCUUCAAAGCUCUCCAACUGGUGAUCUUAUUCUCCUUAAGAUAAUCAAGGCACCUUAUUUUGUUUAGUAAGAUCAAGAAUUUGUGUUGAAGUUAGCUUGAAGGGGGAGAAAUUGUGAUUAAAAGAGAAUGGCUGGAGUUUCCUGUGCUGAUAGGGCAACAAGUGACAUGUUAAUUGGUCCAGAUUGGGCUGUAAAUAUUGAGCUAUGUGACAUCAUAAACAGGGAUCCUGGUCAAGCCAAGGAUGCUCUAAAGCUACUCAAGAAGCGAUUGGGGGACAAAAAUCCUAAAAUUCAACUUCUUACACUUUCUGUAUUGGAGACUAUCAGUAAAAACUGUGGGGAGCAUAUCUUUCAGCAAAUUGCUGAAGGAGCAAUCCUAGAGGAAAUGGUGAACAUAGUAAAGAAGAAGCCAGACUUAAGUGUAAGGGAGAAGAUUUUGAUUCUGAUAGAUACAUGGCAAGUAGCUUUGGGUGGACCAAGGGGAAAUUAUCCACAGUACCAUGCUGCUUACCAUGAACUAAAGGCUGCUGGAGUGGAUUUUCCUCCUCGGGAGGAGAAUAGCGUGCCAAUAUUUACCCCUCGACCAGUAAACUACCCAACUUCUGCGUACCCUACUACCUCAACAAUAUAUGAGGAAGCUGCUCUGCAGGCCUCUCUUCAAUCUGAUGCUUCUGGACUUAGCCCGAUAGAGAUUCAGAAUGCCCAGGGGUUAGCUGAUAUGUUGAUGGAAAUACUUGAAGCGUUGGAUCCCAGAAAUCAUGAGGAUCUAAAGCAAGAGGUGAUAGUUGAUCUUGUUGGCCAGUGCCAGUCUUACCAAAAGCAGGCUAUGGCUCUUGUUAGCAACACUGUAGAUGAAGCACUCCUUGUUAAGGGAUUGGCAUUAAAUGAUAACCUGCAGAGUGUUCUUCAGCGGUACAAUGAGAUGUUGGCAAAAAAAAUAUCCAACGUAAAUGUAAAAGCUAGAGAAUUUCCGGUUGUUCGUCUUACAAGUGUGAAUAAUGAAGAUGAUGAGUUGGAAGAUGACUUUUCCCAGCUAGCUCGCAGGUCAUCGAGGGAAAAUGUACUGGGAAAAAAAUCAUCUAUUGCAAGAAAUGAGCCUGUUCGAAUUGCUCCUCUUCUUCCACCACCGCCAUCAGCGAAAAAAUCAAUUUCAAAUAAUCAGAUGUUCGAUUAUCUUAGUGGCGAUACCUACAAUUCUCAUGAUACAUCAUCAUCAACUCCGCCUCCCAACGACAAUUUCAUAAACCCAACUGCUUCCAUGUUUACUUAUGACAAAGAACUUGUACCUACUUCUACUCCUUCGCACCAGCAGCAUUUCCUUGAACCGCAACAUUCCAAAACUGGUUCUGAUUCAUCAUUUGACAGCUUAGUUGGGAAGACUCAGGAACUAUCUUUAAAUCCACCACCAGCUUCGACCAAACAAGAAACUCAAGAAGCCUUGCUCUUCAAUGAUUUGGUAGACUUUGGUAAGGGAAAAUCCACAUCUUCUUCUACUUUCACGCGUAGGUAAUUAUGAGCCUACAAAGAUGUUUUUGUAAACAGUAUGUCUUGUCCCUUGUCCAUAUAUAAUCUUUAAUAAUUGCUGUUUGUGGCAAACUUACAUUGAAAUACAAGAACUUGUUUUGUGUG